GUUUUUUGCUUGGGAGUCUUUCAGCUCGCUUGAUAGAACAGUACUGAACCAUCUCACCGGUUGUAGAGGCCCACCCCAAUCUCGGGGAAAGUCUUACACAACCAUUAUUCCAACAUUGUUGUCACGUGCUCUCUUCUUCUUUCCCACCUCAGCACUUGCAAUGCGGCGUAUACUGUGCUUGCAUGGCUCUGGAUCUAGUGCUGAGAUUAUGGAGACUCAGAUCGCAAACAUCCGUUCUCUCCUUCCUUCCACAUACGUAUUCGAUUUCCUAGAUGCCCCAAUCGAAUGCGAUGCUGCUGCUGAGCUUGAAGGGUUAUUUCCGGGUCCCUAUUACUGUUUCUUUGACAAGUAUUCGGAAGAAGAAAUGCAGAAAGCAAUAGAGUUCGUGCACGAAGUUGUGGAAGAAGACGGCCCUUAUGACUGUGUGAUGGGCUUCAGCCAGGGUGCGUCCGUUGCAGCGGCGUAUAUCGCGCAACAACAGUUGCAAGGUCCAUUCAAGGAGGUGUCUUUCAAGUUAGCCGUCUUCUUGUGCGCCGCUCUCGUCCCACCUCAGAUCACAACAAAUGAACCAUUAUCGAAUGCAAUUGGUGCCCUUGGCUUGAUUGAUAUACCAACUGUUCAUGUUAUAGGAAGAAAGGACCCAUGCCAGGCUCAGAGCUUGGGUCUUGUGAAGUCAUGCACCUCGAGCAUGGCGCAGGUACUGCUUACUGAUGGAGGUCAUGAUGUUCCAAGAGAUGCUAUUAAUGCCAAAAAGAUUGCGCUUGGUAUUGAACGUGUAAUUAGCCUAGCUUACUUGGGAUGAGAAGAAGCUCAUUGUCGUAUGUUUUGGAGUACUCGAUGUCAACUACUCAUACAGCUUUGAAGCUUCAAGCUUGUCUCUCUCUUGCAGAUACCUCAGUCAAAACGCAGAACAACAUGUUCCAAACAAGCUGUAUCCUCC